AUGGUCUCCCGCAAGUCGAAGACAUUCACCGGCUGCUUCACGUGUCGCUCGAGGAAAAUCAGAUGCGAUCUCCAUCGCCCACAAUGUCUCAACUGCCGAAAAUCGGAUCUCACGUGCUCAGGCUACGACAUAAAGCUUUGCUGGCUGCUUCCAGUCAAAUUCACGCCCAAUGGGCGCAAUCCCAUCCAGGGCCGCGUCGUCUUUCCCAAAGAAGACAAGCGGGCCAGCUUUUUCCAGCGACGAAGAGUGUCGUUUGUAGUGUGGGAAAAGGCCUACGAGACGUAUGACGACAUGGACCACGACCUCAACAUGCUCCGGCCAGGGCCCGGAACGACUUUCCAGGGCCCCUUUGGUGUAUUCCGACAAGAACGCAACAGUCUUGAAAACGACGCCCUCCAAGCCAAAACAGCACCUACAUCGAGCCAGUCGCCUGCCGAGCAGACUUCUGUGGCGCCCAAGGCCAGCCCGAACGGCACGGCGGCGCUCCAGCCGGGCCACAACGUGGGGCUCGCCAACUUGGAGUUGGAGCAGAAUUUCUCGGGCGAGCUCUGGCUCUCGACCGAGUUGCGUGAGCACGCUCUUCUCACGGCCGCAGCGCUCAACGGCGACCCGCAGUUUCUUGACUUUGCGCCGCCCGACGAGCAGACCGACUUGUUGGACUUGGUGUUCCACCGACGGCAGGAGCACGCGAGCGGGCCGUCCAGCUUCGCCUUCGCCGAGCCGUUGGAGAUCCAGCUCCAUGCGGCGCCGCACGAUCGCGACGGCGCCCGCAUGCCCGAAGCCCUCAUGGAAAUCGUGCGCCGGCCGCCCGACUUGGCCUUUGACGUUUCGCACCCAAACGGCCUUCCCGUGCCCACCACGGCGUUCCAUGUCCAGCCUUUGACACGCUACUUGCUCCACUACUACGUCAACCACGUGGCCGACUUGAUGACGGUGCUCCCGUUGACGGACAACCCGUGGAAAAGCAUCUACUUCCCAAGAGCUCUUCUGGCCAUCGGAGAACUAGCAGCUUUAGGCCAGACGUCGGCAGCGAAAAAUGCGCUUCUCAACGCCCUCUUGGCCGUGGCCGCGUUCAACUUGCAGAGUAAGUUUGCCAAGGGAUCGCCGCAGAUGCGGUUCUACCUUGACUUGGGCAUCCGGCUCCGCAACCAGGCCAGUCUUUUCGUCAAGGCGUUGCUUGGGCCCAACGACUCGGCUGCAGGCGUGGCCCGGUGUGUGGCGCAGGAAAAGUACAAGGACGUGCUCUGCGCCGUGAUGUCGAUGAUCUCGGUCGACUUGGUGUGGGGCACCAUGCAAGACACGGCCUUCUACUUGGACUGGUGUGGCAAGGUGAUCCGGGCGAAAAUGGCCCACAAGAGGAAGCUUCUGCCCAAGGCCCGGCUCUUGCACCGUAUCUUUGCCAGCAUGCGCCUCAUCCAGGACCUGACCAGCUUGGACGUGGAUAACGACCACGGGUCCGAGGAGUUUUUGGACGGGCCGUUUGGGCUUUUGGAAAAGGGCCGCAUCGACUACAUCGUGGACGCCACGCCGCUUUUCGUCGACAAGAAGUUGGUCAAUGCCGACAAGCACGACGAGCGGUUUGCUACGGCGGCGCUCAACGGGCUUCCGAGUCUGCUUCUUGCGCUCUUUGGUGAUACUGUGCGGUUGCGGCGAGAAAUGAUGCGCCAGAACGCUUCGCCGGCUUUCGCCGACAAAAUUCUGCAGUUGCAGUCCCGCAUGGACCACUGGACGCUUGACUGGAAACUUUUCGACGACCAGAAACGGUUCCCGUCGCCAAUGCACGAGGCCACAUACCUUCACAUCAUGUCGUUCUACCACGCUUUGGUGAUUUACUUCCGCCGCUUGAUUCAGCAGGUCCCGCCUUCCGAGAUCCAGGACAAGGUGCGCCAGACCCUCGAGCAUUUGAACCUGCUCCAGAAACUCAUAGCCGCAGACGAGGCCCACAUCAUCCCGCUUUUUUGGCAGGGCUUUAUUGCGGGAUGCGAAGCGACAUCGGAGGAGCUCCAGGCGGGCUUCAAACAAUGGGGUGCCGAUAUAGCGCAGUAUUUGGGCAGUUACUGGGGUGCCAGACAGAUCAUGCUUGAAGUGUGGAGGCGCAAACGUUUGCACGAAGCAGGCGCAGAUUGGGUCAGUGUGAUUCGGGACUGGGAAAUGAACCUUAUGCUCAAUUAA